AUGACUAGCGGCUCAGGCCUGGGCACAGGGGCCAUCGUGGGGAUCCUCAUCGUGGUCUUUGUGCUGCUGCUGGUGGGUGUCGACGUGACCUGCUACUUCCUCAACAAGUGUGGCUUCCUCAUGUGCAUUGCCGUAAAUUUUUGCGGCAAGUCUGGACCUGGAGCAAAGAACAAGGACAUCGAGGAGGGCAAGGCGGCAUUCAUGUGAGUCUCUCUUCUUCUCUGCUCCCUGGCUCCCUGGCUCCCUUGCUUUUCUCUCUGAAAUGCUGUAUGCACUUUGAGCAGUAGCUACUCCCAGACACUAGACCACAGUUUGGCAGUGCAGAAUUGCAGAGUGUUUUUAACCAAAACGACUCACUACAGUAUACUUGUACUGCACCAGCAUUUAUUCAAAACACUUUUUCCCCUUACAGGAAGGACGAGUCAAAGGAGCCCAUCGUGGAGGUGAGGACAGAGGACCGCACCCCUAACCAUGAGGGGGGGGGACCCACAGAGCCCAACGAGACCACGCCUCUUACAGAGCCAGAGUGAGUACUCCAGCACUGGCUGUGGGUAGACCCACUGCACUAGGGUUGCCUUACACUGGCAAACCCAUACUAAUCGUGUAAUAUGUCUAUGCAUAAGACAUACUUCUUAUUCCAUAAUGACAGCAGUUGAGCGUUUUGAUCAUGUGUUUGCUGACAUAUUGGCUAAACGAAUUGAUAAAAGAAUGGGAGAAUGGAAUAUCAAAACCAGAUACUGAAGAUGUGCCCUGAUGUUUGUUGUUUACGCUGAUGGUAACAAACAUAGCUAGUUGUUGCACGUACCAGCCUUAAACACUUAAUAACCUAGACCCUAAACUGAUUUUGGUUUAAUUUGCUUUAGUUUGCUUAAGAUGCACUUUAACGUUUUGAAUCUCUAGUUCUUUGCUUUAUCACUGCAUGUAGCACUCACUCUGGAUGUGUGUUUGUACCUUGGUCUCCCCUCCCUACCCCUCCCUGCUCUCUCUCUUUCCUCUCUCACCCUCUCGCUGCUCGAUGGCUCGUCUCUUUCCUGUUCUCCUCCUCUCCUCACAGACCCACUGCUGACACUACUGCCACGGUGGUGGACUUGCUACCCUCUAUCGCCACUAACUCUGACCCCGUCACUGAGAGCUUUAGCACAGCUCAGAACAGCCCAGCUAGCGAGAGUACCACCCUCACUUCCAGCACAGCUGCCCCAACCCUUGCCCCGACCGAGGCCAAAACUGCCCCCAAAGCCUACCCUAAAAGCACCCCUGCCCCCAUCCCCCAGUCCAGCACGCCCAAAGCUAGCGCCCCCGCCCCUCAGCCUGCAGCCCAAUCUGACGUGGCUCCCCUCGUCGACCUAAGCGAGGCUCCUAAAGCCACGCCCUUGUCCGACCCCAAGCCCGCCACCCCCGCAGCCCCUUCCUUAGAGCCAGCCAAGGCCCCCUCCAACCUCUCCUCUGCCAAAGCCGAUGCCGCUCCACAGAGCCAGCCCGAGCCCGUCCAAAGCACCCCUGCCAGCGACAGUCAGAAUAAGGACUUACAGAUAGACAGCCUGGCCAAGGAUGUGUUUGAUGCCCUGAGCAAAAGCUCCAAGGCCCCAGCAGACUCCACUGCUGCUCCCGCACCGGCCAAGGACGAGUAUGACCUCCUCCCUUCCUCUUAG